AUGGCGCCCAAACAACCCUGCGCAAAGUACCAAUACGUCGUCACCUCCUCCGGUCCCAAGAUCGUUCCUGUCCCCGAUGUCUCUUCCAAGGAUGAGGAGUCUCCCGCGGACUACAACUCCGGAGGUUAUCUCCAGGUCAAGAUCAAUGACACUUUUAAGGAUGGCAAAUAUCUCGUCCUCCGCAAGUUAGGUUGGGGACACUUCUCGACGGUGUGGCUUGUAAAGGAUACCCACACCCGUCGCCAUUCCGCUCUCAAGGUGGUCAAAUCCGCCGGUAGAUAUGCGGAAACGGCUCGCGACGAGAUUAAACUGCUUCAGCAAGUAAUGGAUGCCAACCCCACGCAUCGAGGACGCGAGCAUAUAGUCGCUUUCCUUGAUCAUUUCGACCAUACCAGUCCCGACGAUAAGCAUAUUUGCCUUGUGUUCGAACCAUUAGGCGAGAACCUCCUCUCCCUUAUCGAGCGGCACAAGAAGACAGGUGUAGCCGUCGACCUCGUUCGCGCGAUCACGAAGCAAUUGCUUCUUGGUCUCCAGUAUCUUCACGAUGAGUGUGAUUUAGUUCACACUGACAUCAAGCCGGAGAACGUCUUGAUCUCUAUUCCAGACGUUGAGUCGCAUAUCCAGUCCGAACUCUCCCGUUCGCCCUCUCCUAUGUCAAGAAAGGUCGCUGUCCCUCCCAAACAGCUGACUCGAGCCACCAUCGCCAUUCCUUCGCGGCAUAAGUCACAUCGCGAUCGCCAGGUGCAAAUCUUCGACUCCCAACCAUUAUCCAGUCCAUCUUCAUACAGCUGUCCGAACUCCCCCGCCCGCCUGAGCUAUAUCUCGAGAGUCGCCUCCUUGCAGAGCAAUCUCGCAUCACUUUCGAGCUCUGUCGACGAGAUCCGGAAAGGUGCCGGGAAGCUGGUUCUCACCACGAGCAACCUGGAGUCAACCACCUCGCAAGGCUCGGACGACUCGCAUGGGAGCUCAGGUUCAACUUCCGGCCGCGACUCUCUGCUCGUCCCUUCUAGUGUCGCUACUUCGCUCAGUAUCGACACUACCGCCACCUCGGUUGCGAGCGUGGCAUGUUCCAUUGACAAGAUGGUGCUCACCGCCUCUCCUGCCACCAUCGAGCCUUGCACCUGCAGUACGUCUUCGAAUGCACCACCAGAAGAUGGACCGGAGUCCUCCACUUCGCCGCUCCCCACCCGGCCACUAGUAGGGCCUUCACUUCUCUCCCAGACUGCACCUCGAGAUGCCGUGCCCAAACGGUCAACCUCAAUAUGCUCGCUUCACCCUCCAUCCCCAUUAUCCUCACAGCCACCUCUCUUUCCCCUCACCUCUCUCCCCGUCGCCGGACCGUCCUCGGAGACAUUACUGCCGCCUCUUCCCGUAUCCAUCAAGAUCGCUGACCUCGGGAACGCGACACCGACCAACAAGCACUAUACCGAGGACAUCCAGACAAGACAGUAUCGCGCUCCCGAGGCCAUCGUCGGCCGCACCGACUGGGGCGCGACGGCGGACAUCUGGUCCGUCGCCUGCCUGGUGUUCGAACUACUCACCGCGGAAUACCUCUUCGACCCGCAAAGCCAGGGCAACCUGUUUGGCAAGGACGACGACCAUGUCGCGCAGAUCAUCGAACUCCUGGGAGAGUACGGUGAGACGAAGUGGGGCGGGCGGUACAGCAGGGAGCUUUUCGACAGCUCAGGCGCGCUGCGGUACAUCCGGAACUUGAAGCCGUGGCCGCUGAAGCGGGUCAUGAUGGACAAGUACCUCUGGACGGAGCGCGACGCGGAGGCGGUGUGCGCGUUCCUGCUCCCGAUGCUCACCGUCGACCACCAGAAGCGAGCGCAUGCGCGCGACAUGGUGGACCACGCAUGGCUUGAGGUCGACCCGCUCAGCGAGGAUCUCUGGGGCUGGUAG